AAGUGGGAUGACUUGUCCGCAGACGUCACAAACAGCUGGAUGGGUUUAAGCUGGGCCGCUCGCGCUGACUCGGCUCCGCGCGGAGCGUUUGUAGAUCAGCUGAUGCUGAAACAGUCCGCGCGUCACAGCCUGCAGUCAGCUGACGGACUCACAUGACAACCCGAGGCUCGGACACGUCCUGUUCACCGGCGCCGUGAAAGUGAUCCAGAUCAUCGAGGAUCCGAGUUUGACCCGAGGGAAGCCGGCAUGUUUAGUUUAGUUUAGGGAGCACACGGAGGAGGUGAACGGCUGAGGAGGUCCAGGAGGAGCAGACACAGUUGCUGUUGAUUCUUCUCUCCACUAGUUUUCUUUCUGUCAUCACUUCCUCGAGGAAACAUCCUGCAAAAUGAGUCCGGAGGGGAAAAGGCUGUUAAACAUUGUCAUCCUAGGCUUCGGCUUCAUGUUCAUGUUCACCGCGUUUCAAACAUGCGGCAACAUAGAGCAAACUGUUUUAAAGAGCUUCAACAGCACGGAGUUCCACGGCAGCGGAUACACGAGCAUGGCCAUCAUCUAUGGAGUUUUCUCUGCAUCCAACCUGAUCGCCCCGUCAGUGGUGACUGUCAUUGGACCUCAGCUGUCCAUGUUUUUUAGUGGGCUUUUGUACAGCGGCUACAUCGCCAUGUUCAUUUACCCGUACACUUGGAGCUUCUACACGGCGUCUGUGCUUGUUGGAAUAGGAGCGGCCGUCCUGUGGACGGCUCAGGGAAAUGUGCUUGCCAUUAACUCCUCUGAUGACACCAUUGGAAGAAAUAGUGGCAUUUUUUGGGCGCUGCUGCAGUUCAGCUUAUUCUUUGGAAAUCUGUACAUCUACUGUGCCUGGCAUGGACACGUUCACAUCACAGACAAGGACCGUCAGACGGUGUUCAUCUCUCUCACCGUGAUCAGUCUGGUGGGUUGCUUCCUCUUCUUUCUGAUCCGUAAACCCGACCCAGAAACAGUUUCAUCUGAGGCGUCAGACGGAAGUCUGCAGGUCGAGUCCACGGAGAGCUUCUCCACAACCAGCUCGCCUCGCUCAGGCCUCUGCUCACAGGCUCUGGACGCUUUUGUCAAAGCAUGUAAAAUAUUUGUCACCAAAGAGAUGCUGCUGCUGAGCUUGUCCAUCGGAUACUCAGGCCUGGAGCUCACUUUUUACAGUGGGGUGUACGGGACGUGUAUCGGAGCCAUGACACAGUUUGGUCAAGAUGCAAAGAGUUUGAUCGGGAUCUCUGGCAUUUGCAUCGGCAUAGGAGAGAUCUUAGGAGGGGGCGUGUUUGGGAUGCUGAACAAGUGCAACCGGUAUGGGAGGAACCCCGUGGUGCUGCUGGGACUCAUCACUCACUUUGUCGCCUUCUACCUGAUUUUCCUCAACAUCGCCAGCGACGCUCCCAUAGCCCCGGAAGCGGGAACGGAUCUGCAGGCCUACAUCAGCCCCAGCGUCGGCGUGGCGUUGCUCUGCAGCUUCUUGCUCGGUUUGGGCGACAGCUGCUUCAACACUCAGCUCCUCAGCAUCAUCGGCUUCAUGUUCCGUGACAACAGCGCUCCGGCCUUCGCUGCCUUCAAGUUCAUCCAGUCCAUCAUGGCCGCUCUGGCCUUCUUCUACAGUAACUACCUGCUGCUGCACUGGCAGCUGCUCAUCCUGGUCGUGAUGGGUUUUCUGGGCUCCGUGACCUUCUUCAUGGCCGAGUGGCUGGCCGAGUCCAACAGACAAGAAUCGGACUACGACAGCAUCUGACGUGUGUCGGCUGAGGAUGAGGAGGGCACAGCUGGACAAAUCACCAGGUCAUGAAGAAGAACAUAUCCCAGCCUGCCACUGUGGUAUGUUUUGCUUUUUACAGAUCCGAUCUGUACGAAGCCUGACAGCGGCUACAGGAACCAAACUUUAAUCUCAACAUUUAUCUGUACUAAACCAAAAAGAGGUGACGUGCCUCAGCUUGGUUUGUUCACGGCCUCAGUCUUAUUAUAUCAUAAUCUGAAAGAAUUAAGAAAAGACGUCACUGAGGCAUGAUGGGUAGAUAUCCUUUAAUCAAAUGAAAACACUUUUGAUUCCAGGCUGGGCGAUAAUAAAGAAUGAAGGGUCCCUCUGUUAGUGCCUGUAAGAAGAGAUCCUGGUCAAUGAUGCUGACUUUAUUACACAAACAUCCUGUUUUAUUUUGUCACUGGUUUAAAGGAUCAUAUCAUGCUGAUAUUCUAUGUUUUUCAUCUUGUCAACAAAUUUUCAUGAAAAGACCAAAAACAGCAUCUUCAAUCUGUGUUUGAUUAAACGCUGCAGUGUGGAGACAGUUUAGGGAACUUAAAAAAUCAAACUGUAUAUGUGUGAGGUGUUUUAAAGAGUACAAACCAUGGGGCUGAGAGUUCCAGGCAGGAUCAGAAACACGUUGCUGCUUUUGGUCUUUUCAUGCGAUUUGAAGACAACCUCAUUCUUUAAGUGUUUCCACUACGUCUUCACAAACUCACAUGUCUGUUAUAAUAUUGUUCUGCACUGUCAGAGACUGUGAUUCACACCACAUGAAGCCGUUCAGUCACAAGGUAGUCACAACAUUACAAUUAACUUUUAAGACCGAUAUCCUGCAAGACGAGGGGUUCACCUGCCAAGUGAAUCAAAGCAGUUAAAAGGGAAAUGUUACCAAGAGACUGAGCUCAGUCUCACCCUGCCAUGCUGUUUGUCUUUUAUUCCUGCAUCAGACACGCAGAGCUGAAUAACUGCUUUAGUUGUAAUAAGAUUCAGUUCGUCAGGACGACCCGUGACUCUGCAUUCCAGGAAGCAUUUCAUAAUCACAAGAGGGUGACAGCGUUUAGGUCAAAUGCAAUUAAUAAAGGCUGUUUGGUUUUUCUCUUCCCUUGGACAGUGACGUGUAAUGCAGAGGAAUUCACUUCACAUCUUCACCUCAGUAACAACAGACAGGUUUUUUUCUGCGCUAGCAGCACGGCUCUGUAGACGAGUGUGAAAUAUCUCGUCAGCGACUGGACAAACUGUGUUCAGACAUUCGGGUUCCUCACAGGAUGUACUGUAAUAACUCCACCAGUGACUGAAGCUGUGGGGGAGUCACGUGUGUUGUAUUCCUUAGCUCCUACAAUUCCCAUAAUGCAACCAGUUUGUUUCCUGUUAAAUGUGCUCUGUAGAUUUUUUUGACCACUUUUAGUGCUGGAGAGAAAUGUUUUUAAAAGAGGGCGUCCAUAUUCUUUGUAACGCUGUAUGUGUGUGAGCAAUAUGCCAACACUGAUGUGAACAAUUCCAAAUAUUUCCAAUAUCAAAUGUUUUAUGAGGAAGGAAAUACACUCGACACAUUCAAGGACACACACGCUUUGCCCCUUUUUUAAAUGCUGACCUCUGUUUCAAACAACAAACAUGUGAUUCAUGCUCGCAGCAUGAUGAACCCUCUACAUAUAAGUUAGCAGAGACCUGGUUUUUACAUUAACUCUGAAACAAAGUGUGGACCUCAGCUUUAAACACACUGUGGAUCCUUUACGAUGAGCCUGACAGAGCUGCUAGCGGGAUCAAAGACUCAGUCAUUGUUGCAUGUGAAAUGAUUUGAAGCUGAUGUCAUACCAACACAGUGUGAACGUGUGACGGCCUUAUAUAAUGUUUAAGUGGGAACGGGCAACAAAACUCUCUAUGCUGGUUUUUCAUUUUGUGUCAAGUGUCAAAUUUCUGUCAUGAAGGACAUUAUUCUAAUUAAUUUAUUGCUAAAUGAAACAUUUGGGGUUGGGUUUGCUCAAGUUUUGUUUCAUGUUGCGACAGCAACAGAUGCAAUCAGUGUCAAGGAUGUGAAGGGAAAUGCAUGUACACUAUGACGAUGAUUUUAUACUUGAAUGUAGUUAUUAAGAAUGACACCCAUGCCUUUGCUUGCUUGUUUGUAUUAUCAAUAAAACAUUAUUUUGAACAUUA